AUGUCGGCGUUAAUCAGAGAAACAUUUGAUAGGUGUAAAAAAGAAGGUCGUAAUGCACUUGUUAAUUUCAUUACAGCAGGAUAUCCUACUAUUGAGGAUACAGUACCGAUUUUGCAAAGUAUGCAAGAAGCAGGUGUCGAUAUCAUAGAGUUGGGUAUUCCCUUUUCAGACCCAAUUGCAGAUGGUCCAACGAUUCAAACAGCUAACAUCAAAGCUUUGGAAAACGGAAUCACUGUUGCAAAAUGUUUAGACUUGGUUAAGCAAGCGCGAGCAGAGGGCGUCACUGUUCCUCUUAUCCUAAUGGGCUAUUAUAACCCGAUUUUAAAGUACGGGGAAAGUAGAUUUUUACAAGAUGCUGAAAAAGCUGGCGCAAACGGUUUCAUUGUUGUGGAUUUGCCUCCUGAAGAAGCAGUCAAAUUCAGAAGUUCAUGUGCCAAGUUUGGAUUGUCAUACGUUCCAUUAGUUGCACCAGCCACAACCGAUGAAAGAUUAAAAGUUUUGGGCAAAAUUGCCGAUUCUUUUAUCUACGUUGUUUCCAAGAUGGGUACAACUGGUGCAUCAACCAAAGUUUCUGCAGGUAUCGAAGAAUUAUGUGCACGUGUAAGAAAAUUUGCCGUUAAUGAUACUCCUAUAGCUGUUGGAUUUGGUGUAUCUACUAGAGACCACUUUUUGGCAGUGGGUAAAGUCGCUGAUGGUGUUGUUAUUGGAUCCAGAAUAGUUACUUUAAUUGGUGAAUCCAAACCAGGUGAUAGAGGUAAAACUGCUUACAACUAUGUCAGAUCUAUACUAGGAGAAGAUUAUAAAUCGAGCGCGCCAUCCACGUUCAGCAGAGGAGGUGGUGGUGGUGGUGCUAGCAAAUUGGAGCAGCAAGAAUCAAAACCUGUCCUCAAGGAGCCACACAAAUACAAUUCUCAUUUUGGUGAUUUUGGUGGUCAAUAUGUUCCAGAAGCAUUACAUACUUGUUUAGCAGAACUAGAGAAAGGAUUUGAGGAUGCAGUAGAAGAUCCGGAAUUUUGGAAGGAAUUUAGAGACUUGUAUUCAUACAUUGGAAGACCAUCUUCAUUACAUAAAGCAGAAAGGUUAUCAGAAUAUGCUGGUGGUGCUACCAUUUGGUUAAAGAGGGAAGAUUUGAACCAUACGGGAUCCCACAAGAUAAAUAAUGCAUUAGCUCAGGUUCUAGUUGCAAAAAGACUAGGCAAAAAGAAGAUUAUUGCCGAGACCGGUGCCGGUCAGCAUGGUGUUGCUACAGCUACGGCAUGUGCCAAAUUUGGUUUGGAGUGUACUGUUUUUAUGGGUGCUGAAGAUACUAGACGUCAAGCCUUGAAUGUUUUCAGAAUGAAAAUCUUGGGCGCCAAUGUCAUUCCAGUCAAGAAUGGUACUCAAACUUUGAGAGAUGCUACAUCAGAAGCUUUCAGAUACUGGGUCUCGAACUUGGAAACCACUCAUUAUGUUGUUGGGUCAGCUAUUGGUCCACAUCCGUACCCAGUCAUGGUGAGAACCUUCCAAAGUGUCAUUGGACAAGAAACAAAAGAACAAUUUAAACAAUUGAAUGACGGUAAAUUACCAAACGCCGUGGUUGCUUGUGUUGGAGGUGGUUCAAAUUCUACCGGGAUGUUUUCACCAUUCGAAAAGGACUUGGACGUGACUUUGUUGGGAGUCGAAGCUGGUGGUGACGGGCUUGACACAGAACGUCAUUCUGCUACAUUGUCUGCAGGUAUUCCUGGUGUUUUCCAUGGUGUGAGAACUUAUGUUUUACAAGAUAGUGACGGUCAAGUUCAUGAUACCCACUCUGUUUCUGCUGGAUUGGACUAUCCAGGUGUAGGACCAGAAUUAGCAUUUUGGAAAAGCACAGGAAGAGCCACUUUUAUUGCUGCAACUGAUGCUCAAGCUUUAGAAGGGUUUAAACUUUUGUCACAGUUGGAAGGUAUCAUACCUGCUUUGGAAUCAUCGCAUGCUAUUUAUGGUGGUGUAGAGUUGGCCAAGAAAUUGCCCAAGGAUCAACAUAUUGUCAUCAAUGUUUCAGGUAGAGGGGACAAGGACGUUCAAUCUGUUGCAGAGGUCUUGCCUAAAUUAGGAAAACAAAUUGGAUGGGAUUUAAGAUUUGAUGAAGACCCAUCUAAGAAAAAUGUAGUAUGA